UGGGCGCUCGGUCCGCCUCAGCGGUGGGGAGCGAGCCAGGCCUCCCGCCGCCGCCGCCGCCGCCGCCGCAUCGGGGUGUGCAGCCCCGGGCCAGGCCCGGGCCGGGGCAGGAGCGCAGGUUCUUCCAUAUUUGGAUUAUUAUCUUCAUUUUAUAGAUGCUGAAACUGAGAUGCAAGCUUGAGAGUUAAAUGGAAAGUCUCUUUAUAUUGUUUGGAAAGAAUGUAGGCUUGCAGAGGGAAACCCAGUGUGAGAUACGGAGUCAUUUGGUAUAAACUGCUGAGCUAACUACCUUCUGAAAGAAAAGUGACCAUGACCUGGAGAGUAUCCUCUGUGUCUCCACCUCAUCCACCUUCCAUCUCUGAGCUCGCAGUGCACUAGGUUUAACAUUGAUUCACUCUAGUGAAUGCUUGCCAAGUACAAGGCACUGUGCUGCAUGCUCUGUGAGAGCUACAGAAAGGAGUAUGAUUACUCACACCUUUCAGUUUACAGUAUAGUAGGGGAGAGGAAGACAAGAUAGACAACGAGCCUCUGUUAUGCACCUAAAGCCAUAUUGGAAACUCCAGAAGAAAGUGCGACCUCUGGAAAUCAGCAAGGAAACUCUGAGAACUUCUAUGAGCCACCAAGAAGCUAUAGAUGAUGAAAAAUGCAAAGCUAGCUACGUGAAACCAAGUGUCUUUCCUUCACCCUCUCUUGGUAAAGCAUCAUCUCGAAAGCCUUUUGGGAUUCUUUCUCCAAAUGUUCUGUGCAGCAUGAGUGGGAAGAGUCCUGUAGAGAGCAGCUUGAAUGUUAAAACCAAGAAGAAUGCACCAUCUGCAACAAUCCACCAGGGUGAAGAAGGGGAAGGGCCGCUUGAUAUCUGGGCUGUUGUGAAACCGGGAAAUACCAAGGAGAAAAUUGCAUUCUUUGCAGCCCACCAGUGUAGCAAUAGGAUAGGAUCUAUGAAAAUAAAAAGUUCCUGGGAUAUUGAUGGGAGAGCUACUAAAAGAAGGAAAAAAUCAGGGGAUCUUAAAAAAGCCAAAAUACAGUUAGAAAGGAUGAGGGAAGUCAACAGCAGGUGCUACCAGCCUGAGCCCUUUGCGUGUGGCAUCGAGCACUGUUCUGUGCAUUAUGUGAGUGACAGUGGUGAUGGCAUCUAUGCCGGGAGGCCUCUGUCGGUCAUACAGAUGGUCGCCUUCCUUGAGCAGAGAGCCAGUGCCCUGCUAGCUACUUGCACGAAAAACUGCACUAACUCACCUGCUGUGGUAAGGGUUCCUGGGCAGUCCAGAGGUGUGCUCUCAGCCUCCGAGCCCUUUUCUGCUCCUGGAGCUUGUGAAGAAUCCACGGAAAGAGGAAAUCCUGAGGUUGGGGAACCACAGAGUGAGCCAGUCCGUGUCCUUGACAUGGUAGCCAGGCUGGAGUCUGAGUGCCUGAAGCGGCAGAGCCAGCGUGAGCCUGGGAGCCUCUCGAGGAAUAACAGCUUCCGUCGGAAUGUGGGCCGGGUGUUGCUUGCAAAUGGCACUCAGGCUAAUGAAGGCAAAACAAACAAAGGCACCUUGGAGGCACCAGACACUCAGGUGAAUCCUGUGGGGUCUGUAUCUGUGGACCGUGGCCCCUCAAGAGCUGACCGUUGUUCUCCUAAGGGAAAUGAGGCCUGGGACAGUGCUCCUCGGGGCUGUCCGCCAUUGCCAGCAAGUGUGAAUUUCCUCACGGACAGUGCAAAAUUUGAGCCGGAUCAGCACACUGCUAUGAAAAAUGGCGAUAGAUAUGAUGUGGAAAUGACAGAGGAACUUGCCGGGUCACCUUUUCCUCCUCACACCUGCUCUCAAGCCAUUGAAUUGCCCACCGAUGCUGUUGAUUGUAUGAGUAGAGAGCUCGCACCGCUUACUAGCCAGAGUCCUGAUCAGAGAAGAAGGGGAUCUUUGUGCAUUAGUAUCACUGUGUCCAAGGUAGAGCAAGGCCAGCCUUCUAGUUCAGAGCCCUGCGAAGAUCCACUUCCGGGGAUGUUGUUUUUUUUGCCACCUGGUCAGCACCAGUCAGACUGUUCCCAGUUGAGUGAAAGCACAAGGGGGACUUCUGAGGCCAGCCAGUUUCACGAUGCUGCGGAGGGUGACAGUGCAUCGGAGGAAGAAAGGGUUCCCGCAGAUGCCUUUGUCCUGCCAGCAUCUCCGGUGGAAAGUACAUUACCGGUGCUGGAGACAACCGGUUGGAAGAAGCAAGUGUCUCAUGACUUUCUGGAGACCAGGUUUAAAAUCCAGCAGCUUUUGGAGCCUCAGCAGUACAUGGCGUUUCUGCCCCACCACCUCAUGGUGAAAAUCUUCAGGUUACUUCCCACCAAGAGCUUAGUGGCUCUCAAAUGUACCUGCUGCUAUUUCAAGUUUAUCAUUGAAUACUACAACAUCAGACCGGCAGAUUCCCGCUGGGUGCGAGAUCCACGAUACAGAGAGGACCCUUGUAAGCAGUGCAAGAAGAAAUACGUGAAAGGGGAUGUGUCCCUGUGCCGGUGGCACCCUAAGCCCUAUUGCCAGGCAUUGCCCUAUGGGCCAGGAUACUGGAUGUGCUGCCACCGGUCUCAGAAGGGCUUCCCCGGCUGUAAGCUGGGGCUUCAUGACAAUCACUGGGUCCCUGCUUGCCACACCUUUAAUCGGGCAAUCCAUAAGAAAGCAAAGGGGGCUGAAACUGAAGAGGAAUACUAAAGUCUGUGUGAGAGGCGACAAAAGGACUGAUUUUUAAAAUUGCAAACCACCACCUAGCUCUACCAUUCAAGUGAAUGUUGCCUCUCAGAGCCUGCACUCUAGGAGAAUCUGUACUUAUUCCAUCAGGACUGCCAUUGCUCAGGCUUUUUUUUUUUUUUUUUUUUUUUUUUAACUCUUGCUUUAUGAGCUAUACAAGGAAAUUGGUCUCAUUGUUUUAGAGUGGCGCCAUUUGGUCCGGGGUGGUAUCUCACAGUUUGAUUCACUUGGCUGUGAAUAUGCCUGUUCUCCCAAAUCAAAUCCAUUCUCAAAGGACAAAGACUUGCCACCAUCAAGGACGUUCAGAAGAGUUCAUUGCAGACUAUGCAGGCAAUCCCCAAAAAGGGGUUCCAGAAAUGUUUUAAGCACUGGCACCAUAUUUGAAAUAAGUGAAUAGUGUCCUAUGGAAAGAAGAGCAGCACUCUUUGGAUGAAAAGUAUGCUUACAAAGGAAAAGUCAGGCACCUUACCUUAGCCCUUGUAUGCUUGAUCUGUGCGAUUGAAGUUUGUGGUUGGAGAUGGAUUUCAUGCCCUGUGGUGUUUACAGUGUAUAUAAUGGUUGUGUUUUCAUAGGGCUAUGAAAGUGCACAUUAAACCCGAGCGCCUUUACCUUAGAUGAGUGCUUUUGGCCCCUCUGUAAAUAACACUAUUAAAUCCAGUUGUAUAUAGUGGACAACAGACUGAACAUAAUCCCCACAAUGCAGCUAGGAUAGUGUUGCGGCUACAAUUGUGUGGUUUUUUUUUUUUUAAUUGUCUUGUCUUAAAUUUGUACAUCCUGUAUAAAAUAUGAAUGUUUCCCAAAUAAACUAUGAAUGUUUCCUGUAUAAUAUAUGAAUGUUUCUGAGAAGAAACUCUAAAUAGUUAAGAGGUUAACCUGUUGAAGAUACCAAAUAAUGGUUUAACUGGACAACCUUAUAAUUAGCAUAGAGAACAAUCCUUUGUUAUAUUUUAGUGAUCCUCCAAGAAUGAGAAGAUAUUAUAUAGUCAGAUUAUAACAUUCUUGUCUACUUUACUCUUUCUGUCUGGUUACAAAUUUUUUUUUUUAACUUCAAUAAAAACAUGCAUCUUAAAUGGGA